AUGGCAGCGAUGGGGCUAGACAAACACGUGAGCGGUCGACGCUGUCUACAGAGCCGUCGCUCUCGAAUCGCUUUGGGAGUCUUCGUUUUUAUUGCCAUUCUCGCGGUCGUUAUACCUCCGGCAGUCGUGAUUACUCUACGCAAGAAGAACAGCAUGGGCCCUAAAGCUAAUAUCUUCGUACCUCUCUAUGUGUACCCUGCCCCUGGUGCCUGGGAUCCUUUAGAAGCUGAGAUCUCUUCACACCCGGAGGCCAACUUUACGGUUGUGAUUAACCCUGGCAGCGGCCCCGGGCCCAAUGCCCUGCCCGAUGCUAAUUAUACCCGGGAGAUUCCCAAGCUCGCCUCUUAUGACAACGUGCGCCUAUUAGGUUAUGUCCCUACAACCUGGGCGAAACGCAACAUAUCGGCAGUGCGUCGCGACAUCGAAACCUACGCAGCGUGGCCGACCAACAGCUCUAACCCUAAACUCGCGGUUCGGGGUAUAUUCUUUGACGAAACGCCCCAGCAGUAUGAUGUCGAUGCGCUGUCAUUUUUACAAGAUCUCACCUCAUUCGUGAAGGGCCUUUCUGGCCUUGGGCCAGACAACUUUGUGGUCCAUAACCCUGGAGCGAUUCCAGACUCUCGCUACAUGUCUUCAGCUGACUCGACUGUCGUAUUCGAGGCAGCUUAUGACACCUUCAAGGAGCGCAAUGGCACGAAGCAAUUCGAGGUUCUUCCGAACAGCCAUCGCGGUCAGCUCUGCAUUGUGAUCCACUCGGUUCCAGACCGGGUUGAAGGGUCGAAGCUUCGUGAUCUUGUCAAGAAGCUUCGAAAGACCGCCGAUGAGAUUUUCAUUACCCAUCUGAGCACGGAUUACUAUGCCAACUUUGGGGGCAAGUGGGGCGAAUUUGUCGAUUGGAUGGCUAAAUGA